GAUGUCCAGCAUGGGGGUCCGGCCGCCAGAUCAGCACUUCAAGAUGUCAACACGCGACCCAAAUCCCGUGAACUACACCUGCACGUGCCCAUGCAGCAAAGCAGCAGCUGAAGCGGGCGCCGUCCUGCUCUUUUACCGGUACUUCUCCGCACCCCCUGCCCUCCCUUUCGACAUCACGCCCGCCCGCCUUCAAGAACUACAGAGCUUCCACCAGACCCUGGUCACAGAUCUACAACUGGGUUGCAAGAUCAGGCUGUCCACUGAAGGCUUCAACAUCACCAUUGGCGGCACAAAGGAGGGCAUCGAGUCUUAUAUCGCAGCCUGCAUCCCGCACUGGUCAUUCGCCUCGCUGCCGCUGUCAACGCCGCAAGAUGUAGAUGCCUUCUUCAAGCCCUCUCGAGGGUGCGCGUGCGUCUUCGCAGGUAAGCAAGACGUCCUGAUCAAGGCGGAGAUCACGCCCCUCGGAGUGACGAAUUGGCUACCGAAGGACUGGGAUGUCGUCAAGGAGCUCAGCCCGCCGGAAUGGCACCGGCGUGUCGCCAAAGAGGAGAACAUCACCAUGGUGGAUGUAAGAAACCAUUACGAGUCGAGACUGGGAUACUUUGUCGGCAAGAGCGGGCAACCGGCUAUCCGGCCUGCCGUGCGGCGGUUCGGGCAGUGGCCUGCCUAUGUCAAGAUGGCUGUCAAUGACAGGGUGUUUGGGAGUCGUAUCGCGGACGCACAAGCGGUGGCGACAACGACGACGACGGAGCAACAGAGCGUGUUCACAUAUUGUACGGGAGGAAUCCGGUGCGAGAAGGGCGCACGGUGGCUUGCGGAGGAAAUGAAUAGGACUGCGAACCCGGAACACCCGGCAGCGGAUGUUUACACGCUGCGAGGCGGGAUAGCGGCAUAUCUGACAUGGAUGGAGGCCGAGAUCGCCGCUGGGCGAAUGCGGCCUUCAGAUUCGUUGUACAGAGGGAGAAACUUUGUGUUUGAUGCUAGGGGGUCUCUGGGUCUGGACGGCAGCGAGAAGGUGGCAGCGUGUGUCGAGUGCGCCAAGCCGGGGGAUGGGAUCAGGAAAUGCACCAGUGCAGGGUGCUACCUGGUGCUUGUGGUCUGUGACGACUGCUCAGAUGUGCGUUGUUGCACUGACUGUCGCGACAUGGAUGCCGCGAGGGCCGCGCCGCCAAGGCGGAUGUGUGAUUGUGAGAAAGCUAGGGAGACGAGUCUUUGGGGGAAACAAGCAAAGGUCAAAUAGAGACAUUUCUCAAGCUCAACCGGAG